UAUAAACCAAGUGUAAAACAGCUAUAAACAUUGAUCGAAUGGAUUGCAGUCUCAGAAUCAUCUGAGAGACUUGGGCACCAGUUAUCUUAGCUUAACUUCAUUUAUUAGCCUACUCCAUUAAGUCGCAACUCAUUAAACAUGGAUAUUAAAUCAUUAAAAAGGUCAAGAGCAUCAUUUAAAUCAAAGCUUACAAUAUUUAAAACUUAUUUAGAAACGCUUUUGCCUUGUAAAGAGCUAAAUAACUUGCAAAUUCGAGAAUUAACUAUUAGAGCUAGUAAAAUACAAGAAAUGUACAAUGAAUAUGACUCAACUCAAACUGAAAUAGAAAAUUUAUCUGAAAUUCCAGGUGACGAACAUUUAGAACGGGAGAGCUUCGAAACCAGCUACUUCAGCACAGUAGCUGCCGCGCAGGAGGCGCUCGAUAAGCACACGGCGGCUUCUGCGGCGCGGGACAAUCAGUCGGUAACGGGUUCUAGUGCAUUCUCAGCAUUACAGAUUCGCAGCAAGUGGCACACCAAUCGAGGCCAACUACAGCUUGGGCAGAUGGUCCUCAUCAAAGAUGACCGGCUCCCACCCAACAGAUGGCUGCUCGGUCGCAUCACAGCCGUCUACCCUGGCACCGACGGCAUCAACCGCGUGGCAGACGUCCUCUCCACUUCGGGGACCUUGAGACGGGCUUACAACCGGCUCUGCCCUCUACCCAUGACGUUGGACCAGGAUACUCCAGCUCCAAGGGGCCCAGCUUGUUGAAGCACAACACUACGUGUGCGCCCCAUCACUAGACGAGUGACGGCGCCCCCCCGCGCCCCGCACCCUCGCAGGCGCAGAGGCAGACUACGCGCCGCCAUUCUGAGACUGCAAGCCAUUCGAUCAACAUAACCAAUAUUUCUUUGAUUUUAAAAAGCUGAUAAAGUCAAUAUAUUUCUUGUAAAACGGA